UAUGGACGUAUACACAAAGCUACUUAAGUCUAUACAUUGUACAUAAGUUUCUUCUAAAAAAUUAUAGUCAUUUAAGGAAAAUAGUGCUUCGAUCAUAUUGAAUAAAAAUUAAAAUCGAUUAAAAACAUGUAAUAUAAAAAGAAAUCAAACAAAUGUUACCAAAUAAUUGAAAUAAUUCCAUUGUAAAACGUACAUAACCUUUGAAAUUUUUCAAAUGAUAUUUUUUUACAGAUUAAUAUAUAUUAAUUACAAAAUGUCACAAUUAGAAUUAGAUCCUCAAUUUACACAAGGGUUAAGACUUUUACAUUCUACAAAUAAAGAUUCUGCUGAACAGUUAAGGGCGCUUUUAGAUGAAAUAAUUAAACAGAAGUAUGGCCCAUCUAAAAUGCUUUCUAAUGUGUUGCACAAAAAGUAUAUGAUGGAAGAACCAGUAUUGAGUGAUCACAGUAGUAGUAGCAGCAGUAAAAAGAGUAAAAGUUCUAAACAUUCGAGUAAAUCAAGUAAAAACAGUUCUCCAGUUAAUUUACCAGCACGGGAUACUCCUCCAGAGAUUAUUCAAUCUGAUGACACAUUAGCAUUAGAAAUUUUAGAAGACGAUUUAACUUGUGUAAUUUGUAAAGGAAUGGAUGUUGGAGCGAGAAACAGACUUGUUGAAUGCGUAGAAUGUCAUUCUUUGUAUCAUCAAGAAUGUCACGUUCCACAUAUAUUAGAUUCGCAAAUAGAUGUUCCAAGACUAGUGUGGUAUUGUUCAAACUGUACAAAAUCUCAGACACCAAAAGAAAGAAGCUCACCAAAGACUGUAAUAGAGAGUAAAUCCAAAGAGCAAAAGAAACCUAAUUCAAGCUCGAAGCACUCAGAAAAAUACAAAUCAUCAUCAAAUAAUGUAAAUCAAUCACAACCUAUUAAUAGAAAUAGUUUUCCAUCUGGCAUAGGUGGUGGUCCGAAGAUCAUACCGAACAUUCAUAUCAUUAGUGCAGAUAGGAGAUUGAAGGAUAUGAUGAAAAAGGCAAAACAAGAGAAGCGUAGUACAAACAACAAUGCAAAUUCCAAAAAUUCCUCUUCUGCUUCACCAGCGAGUUCUUCAGGGAAAUCUUCUCAGGAAAAAUCUGUAAUGUACAAAAUUAAAUCAGGAGUGGAGUGAGAUGUUUAAUUUCAUUACAGAUAACAUCCUACCU